GUCACACACAUUAAGUAAAUAAAUCUAAUGAGAGAGAGAGAGAGAUUCAUACAAUGUUUCAAGUCAACCAAGUCCCACUCUCUCACCAUCUCUGACAAACAAAACAACAUGAAAAAAUGACCAUUAUACCCCUAUCUCUAUUCUAACUUUCGAUAACACCGCCGUCACAAUGGAAGUAACCACCACUAACUCCGGCGAAGGAACACCCACUGAUCCGAAUCGAAAUGGGUCGGUUCAAAAUUCGAUGGCAAGAUACAAGUUGAUGUCGCCGGCGAAGCUUCCGAUCUCAAGGUCGCCGUGCAUCACAAUACCUGCCGGGUAUAGUCCUACGUCGUUGUUGGAGUCUCCGGUUCUUCUUUCAAACAUGAAGGUUGAGCCUUCACCGACUACAGGGUCCCUUCUUCAAGCUUUAAACUGUUCUAUGGCUUCUGCUACAUUUCCUGUAACUUCUGCAUGCUUCAAUACCAGCACUGUUAAUGGCAGAAAAUCAAGUUUCUUUGAGUUUAAACCACAAGAUAGAAAUAUGGUUCCUGCAGACUUCAACAACCAUGUAAGCGAAAAAUCUACUCAAAUGGAAGGUUCAGGAAACGGUCAAUCAUUUCGAUCCUCUCCAUUAAAUGAAAAUGAGAUAGAAGAUCAAUCUAAUGAAUUAAGCCUAUCAUCAUCACCUGUGCAUAUGGUUAGUUCCGGCGCUAGCGCUCCCGUCAAUGUCAAUUCGGAUGAACCUAACCACAAAGGCAGCACUGCUAAUGGGCCUCAAUCAUCAAAUGAUGGAUACAAUUGGCGAAAGUAUGGGCAAAAACAUGUUAAAGGGAGUGAGUUUCCGCGCAGCUAUUACAAAUGUACGCAUCCUAACUGUGAAGUGAAAAAACUUUUUGAACGCUCUCAUGAUGGUCAAAUCACUGAGAUAAUAUAUAAGGGAACACAUGAUCAUCCUAAACCUCAGCCAAGCAACCGAUACUCUGCUGGUUCUGUUAUGUCUACACAAGGAGAGAGAUCCGAUAAUAGGGCAUCUUCUUUGGCUGUCCGAGAUGACAAAGCAUCCAAUAGUCCAGAGCAAUCAGUUGUGGCAACAAAUGAUCUUAGUCCAGAGGGUGCUGGAUUUGUGUCGACCAGGACAAACGAUGGGGUUGAUGAUGAUGAUCCCUUCUCAAAGCAAAGAAAAAUGGAACUCGGAAAUGCUGACAUCAUUCCUGUAGUUAAGCCUAUCCGAGAGCCACGGGUUGUGGUACAGACUAUGAGCGAAAUUGAUAUAUUGGAUGAUGGAUACCGCUGGCGUAAAUAUGGGCAGAAGGUUGUGAGGGGAAAUCCUAACCCAAGGAGUUAUUACAAAUGUACAAAUGCUGGUUGCCCUGUUAGGAAACACGUGGAAAGAGCAUCACAUGAUCCGAAAGCUGUAAUCACAACAUAUGAAGGCAAACACAAUCAUGAUGUACCUGCCGCAAGGAGUAGUAGCCAUGACAUGGCAGGACAUGCAACUUCAUUUCGACAGACAAGGAUAAAAUUGGAAGAAAAUGAUACUAUUAGUCUUGACCUUGGGAUGGGAAUCAGUUCUACGGCUGGAAAUAGAUCAAAUGGGCAAGGGAAAAUACUGCUAUCCGAAUUUGGGAAUAGCAGUCAUACUCACACGAGCAAUUCCAAUUUCAAGUUUGUUCAUAAUACUACCUCAGCUCCUGUAUACUACGGUGUUCUAAAUAACGGUUCAAAUCCGUUUGGCUCUAGAGAAAAUAGAAAUGAUGGUUCGUCUUUAAACCAUUCCGCUAAUCCUUGCUCACAGACCAUGGGAAGAAUACUAAUGGGGCCAUGAAAUUUAUUAUUACAGUACUAAAUAAAAGUAAAAAUUAUGAGUAGUAUUAUGUUGUUUUUUGGCGGGUAUAUAGCUUCAAAGGUAAAAAAAAUCUCAUUUUCUGUAAGGAAAUGUAGAUAGUUCUUGUAUGUUUAUAUCACUAUCACUAUUUGAGAGCUGCUGUAUAGUAGUAGUAUUGAUAGUGGCUCCAGGUUGACUUUCAAUCUAAUUGUUGUUUGUAAUUGUAUAAUUAUAAGUAUCAUCAUCAUCAUUAUUAUUAUAUCCAAAUUCUUCUGUAUAAA